AUGGCGAACUCGACGUUUCCGUUGCCAACGCCUUUCGACUUUACUCAUCCAGAAGACUGGGUGAAGUGGAUCAAACGAUUCGAGCGGUACCGAGAAGCCACAGGGCUGGACAAGAAGGAAGGUCCGACACAAGUCUCUACAUUAGUCUACGCAAUGGGAGAAAAGGCUGAGGACGUACUCACGUUGCUAGCAUUGUCAGGAGAGGAGAUGAAGAGCUAUAGCGAGGUAAAAGUGAAGUUCGAGAGCCACUUCGUAAAGAAGAGAAACAUUAUCUACGAACGAGCUCGUUUCAAUCAGAGAUCCCAAGGAGAGGGUGAGCCAGUAGACGCGUUUAUAACAUCGCUGUAUACUCUAGCUGAGCACUGUCAGUUUGGCGUAUUGCACGAUGAUCUCAUUCGAGAUCGUAUCGUAGUUGGUUUGAGAGACUUGAAACUGUCAGAAAGAUUACAGCUAGACCAUGAACUUACGCUGGAGAAAGCAGUAGUGUCAGCUAGGCAGUCAGAAGCAGUGAAACAACAACAGAAAACGCUACGCAGUCAUUUCUCAGAGGAACCAACGGGCGGCACACUGGGCAAGGAUGUCAGCGCCGUUGAGAAGGGUAAGAAGAAGCCAACCGAGACAAGGACUACAACCAGUUUCAAGGAAACCUGCGGACGGUGUGGGCGUACGCCAGGCCACAACAGGGCUAAUUGUCCCGCACGGGAAGCCAAAUGCUCAAAGUGUCAGAAGAUAGGCCACUAUGGCGCACAAUGCCGUAGUAAGUUCGUCAGUGAAGUCGUUUCUGAUACUGAUAAUACUGAAAAUGGGGUUUUCCUCGGAGCUCUCACUGCGCCUGGUAGUAGUAGUCCUUGGAUGGUCUCACUUUUGAUCAAAAACACACCAGUACAAUUCAAGAUAGACACGGGAGCAGACGUUUCCGUCAUACCGGCAAAACUGUUCUCCAGGUUCAACAAACAGUGGAACACAACCCUUACAGCACCUGAUAGGAAUUUACACGGUCCCAAUAAGAACCUACUGGAUGUUACUGGUUAUUUUGUCUGUCGCUUACAAAAGGGAGAAUGCAGUGUAGAGGAUAAAGUUUACGUGGUGGAGAACCUCAGUAAUCCUCUUCUGGGACGACCUGCUAUUGAGAAGUUGAACCUACUCUCCAGAAUCGAGUCUGUGCGUUCAGAUAAGCUAGUUCCAUCCAUUGUUACAGAAUACUCAGAUGUUUUUCAAGGGUUGGGAAGCCUUCACGACGAAUAUCACAUAUGCCUGAAAGAGAAUUCCAAGCCAUUUGCCUUGAGCACACCUCGUCGGAUUGCGAUACCCCUCUUGCCUAAAGUCAAGGAAGAAUUGUCUAGAAUGGAAGCACUCGACGUCAUUUCCAAAGUGGAGGGACCGACAGACUGGUGCGCGCCGAUGGUAGUGGUACCCAAGCCUAACGGUACCGUCCGUAUCUGUGUUGACCUGACAAAGCUUAACCAGAGUGUGAGAAGAGAACGACACAUCCUUCCGUCAGUAGAAGACACAUUAGCACAGCUGGGAAACGCCCAAGUCUUUACGAAACUGGAUGCCAACUCAGGGUUUUGGCAGGUGCGUCUUUCAAAAGCGUCAUCUCCGCUGACUACAUUUAUUACUCCCUUCGGCAGAUACUGUUUUCACCGGCUACCCUUCGGCAUUACGUCGGCGCCCGAACAUUUCCAAAAGAGAAUGUCCCAGAUUUUAUAA